AUGGGCCGGAAGAAGACCAAGAAAAGAGACGCCCACGCUACUGCAUCAGUGACAUGCGACACUUCUCCUGCCACGUACGAUGCAGUGACGCUCGACAAAGCGCGACAGCUGCAGACCCAAGAGCUCGAGGUCCUGCAGUCUAUUUACGACAGUGACUUGACUAUGCAGAGCUCGACGCCGUUGUAUACGUACAUUUUCACCAUCCGACUGCGAUGCGAAGCCAGGCCUGGAUCGGCUACGACAGCCGAAGUGCUGCUCCAUUUUGACUUUACACGGAUGUAUCCUAUCAAGCAGCCGCCAAAUAUCGUGGUGGAAGCCAAGCACGGGCUUUCGGACAAUGAGACGCAGAAAUUGACGGACCAAAUGGAGACACUUGCACUGGAAAAAGUUGGCGACGCGGUCGUGUACGACCUCGUGGUGUUUGCAGCGGACUUUAUCAUGGACCGUCUCACGGACCAAUCGUCGUUCUUUGACCAGAUGGUCACAAGACAGCAGGAUCAAGAUGCACAAAAGAAGUUGGCAGACGAUGCACUGGUGCAAGAACAAGAGAAACACGUGCGAGCAAAGAAUGAGGCGAUAUUGGCGCUUCUGGACGCGGAGCGGAAGAAACGGAAGACGUUGGCGAAAAAGACGCGACGAGGACGAAGGAGACACCAAUUUGAGGAUUGGGGCGGACAGGCAAGUGGUAGUGAUAGUGGUCAAAGUCAAGACGAUGUGGCAAGUCCGUCGAGCGUCUACGAACAGCAGUCAGAGACGAGUUCUAAGUGGGGUUCUAGUGUGUCGGACUCGGAUGCGUCGGACUUGGAUGCGAUUGUGGCAGCAAAACGGUAUCAUUCCAGAUACCUGGGUGAUUUCAAGGAGCUGGGGCUGCUGGGGCGUGGAGGAGGUGGCGAAGUGGUGAAGGUUCGCAAUCGGCUGGACCGACAGCUGUACGCGGUCAAGAAGGUCAAAGUAGACCCGAACGACAAGACGAUGAAGAAGAAGAUUUUGCGUGAAGUGAAGACGAUUUCACGAAUGCAGCACCGGCACAUUGUGCGGUAUUUUCAAGCAUGGAUCGAAGGUGAAAAUGGAAUGUCUUCUGACGACGAAGAACGGUCCAGUCUGGAGGGCAGCGACUUCAGUGCCGAAGACGAUUCAUUGAGCAGUUUUGCUGCUAGUGAAAAGGAUUCUCUGGAUGGUGAAGUGAGUUUUUCGUCGGAUGUCGACGACAGGCUGGGACCAGCGGCGUCGAUCAAUGAAGACGAAGAUGACUGGCUGGGCGAUGUGGGCAGUAGUAUAGGGCUACGGGCGACUUCAACGUCUUGCCCUAACUCCCGAAGCCUGCGUAGUAGGAGUCGCGUGUUUCAGCUUUCUUCGCAGCACUCGGCAAUGGAAGGCUACCUUGAUGGCAAUGCUGAAUGGGAAGCGCUGGAAGAAGCUCCGAUGGACGAGGUUGAUUGUAUGAGUGAUGAAGAUGGUGGGCAUGACCGAGAGACACCGCGUCAAAAAGAUAACGUACCCAAGAGGAAGAGAAAGUUCGAAAAAUUGUUUAUACAGAUGGAAUUCUGCGAGGGAAAUGCUCUUAGGGAAGUGAUUGACAAAGGAGCUCUGUGGAAAGAUCCUGACAAAAUUUGGACGAUGUUUCGACAAAUCCUGGAGGCGCUUGUCUACAUUCAUAGUCAGGGGAUUAUUCACCGUGAUAUCAAGCCGCCGAAUGUUUUUCUGGACUCAGAAGGGACUAUAAAGCUAGGGGAUUUUGGUCUCGCCGUGCGGCCUCCCAAGACCACCGAAGACGACGGCAGUAACGGUGACUCCUCGCCACCUGGAGAGACUGCUACUGGCGCAAUAUUGUCUGCGUCAGCUGGUUCAUCUGCUGCCGAGCUGUAUGGGCGUCUCAAGCUGGAAACCCUGGAAGACACAAGAUUUGAGGGCCAACCGAGUGCACAACAACACAGUAACCUGAUGACGACCAUGUCGGCGAACGUAAUGGACGGCAGUAUUACUGCUGGUGUUGGCACUGCAUUCUAUCGGGCGCCUGAGCAAGAGAGAGAAGGACAGCGAUAUAAUCAGAAAGCAGACCUCUUCUCGCUUGGGAUUAUGUUCUUCGAAAUGUGGUCACCGCCAUUCACGACCCUGAUGGAGCGCGCACAGGCACUCGUUGGGCUGAGAGAAAAGCACGAACUACCCGACUCUUUCGGCGCAUCUGAUGACGUGAAAAAGAUCAUCUUAUGGCUUUGCGAGCACGACCCAUCCAGGCGGCCGAAUGCAAAGGAGCUCAUGGUGAGUCCAUUGUUGCCUGCAAAGAUCGAGAUCGAGGGAUCGUAUCUGCGAGAGGCAUUGAAAACGCUCGCGAAUCCACAAGGCAAAUGCUUUCGCCAGCUGAUUGACGCUCUGGUGUCACAGGCACCUCUUAAUCACGUUGACUAUACGUACGACCACUUGGAGUCCGUGAAAAUGCGCAGCUACGAGAUCCAGCUACGCACAAAAACAUACGUCAGGAGCGUGUUACAGAAAGUUUUCCAGUGCCACGGAGCUGUCGAAAUGUCAACGCCGUUACUGAUGCCACGGUCAUCAGAGCAGAGUUUUGGUAGCAUGACUCUGAAUACCGCACAUAACGCCCCCACGAUGCUAGACGGCAAUGGCGUGUCCGUAUCACUUCCGUUUGAUUUGACAGAGAGGCUGGCUCGCUUUGUAGCACGGCACAACGUCUCACGUUUGAAAUGCUUUCAGUUCGACCGAGUUUAUCGCAAGAGCAUAGGAGGCGGCCACCCGCGUGAGUUCACCGAGUCUGAUUUCGACAUUGUGUGGGACGAUGGAGGUGCCGUUGGCUUCUUGGAGCUGGAGGGAAUCGAAGUAGUAUCGAGCGUGAUCAAGGCACUACCGAGCUGCCUUGGCUCGUACUACUUGCGGUUCAAUGACGCUCGAAUUACGCGCGGUAUUCUUGAGCUUUGUCGUGUUCCCAGCAGCGCUCGUCGCGAAGUGCUGCGGCUGCUUUCUCACGAAGUGUCUUUUUCCGUACAUGCUGGUCCGUCUUCCACUCAAGCUCCGGGCCUGAAGCCGGGCCGUUGGAAAUUUACUGUAAAGCGAAUGACGCACUUCGGGAUACCAGCAAGCUCGAUCGAUGCACUAAAACCAUUCUUCGUGUUACCGGAGGACUGUCUAGCGUCGCUUGUCGUGAUCGGGUCGGAGACACAGAAGCUGUUUGCGGAAAAUCGAGCAUCGACGAGUCGUCACCCAGCAAUGGCAGCAGAUGGCGACGCUCGUUCUGCGUCCUCCGUGGACCGAAGACGGAUACAAAAGCGUGAUUCUCAGCUUCGACGGGUUAUACACGACGCGAAUGAAGGCAUUGCGUCCCUCCGCUUGUUGUUGCAAGGCCUGCAAUUCCUUCAGCUGUCGAGUCCAGUGUGCGUUCGUCUGGAUUUGGGGCUGAGCCCGCGCCCCGAGCGCUAUACGUCUGGAUUCAUAUUUCAGGCAAUCUUGCUUGAGGAAGCCGCACACGGAGGUGGCCAUACUAGUCCAAUGACUGCCUCGUCAAUUGCUGCGACCACGGACAAUCAGACAAUCGUUGCUGAGGGUGGACGCUACGACGCUUUAGUGUCACGUUUCAAACUCACAACUGCUUACGCAAACGCCUCAUCAGUUGCUGCGAUGGGUGUCCGUUUCGCCAUUGACAAGAUUGUAUCCCUGCUAGCUGAGUCAAUGGGACCCGCAUUGCUCGAGUUCAAAUCGUCGAUGUCAGAAGUCCUGACGGGUGGCUGCCGCAUCCUGGUUUGUUCGGCAGGUAAGGCAUCUGACACGAUGUUGUUUCGCAUGCAGAUCGCGAUGCUGUUGUGGGCACACGGCAUUGGUGCAGAGUAUCUGCACCCCGAGCCGCUACAUCUCGAAGAUCUGGAAGACUAUUGCGCUCAACACGGUGUACACUGGAUGGUGAUUGUGCAAAAACACGUGAUGAGAGAGAAGCAGCAGGUGAAAAUUCGCACAGUGAAAAGUCAUUCCGAGGCAGACGUGGUGACGAACGUGAGAUCGUUGCCGGAGCUCGUCACGGAGCUUCAGGCAAACGUUGGCAAAAGCUCACAUGGUGACACUGUGGCUGGCGGUGGUCGCGGAAACAGCCAUUUGGGAGAAAGUUUGAGCAGUGGUCCUAGCGGUGGUGUCGGUAGUACCUUUUCACGGAUUGGCAGCGUGAUACAGCCUGUUUUUGAUGUGAAGCUGGUUGACGCCAGAUAUCAAUCGAAGGACAGGAACUACCGAAAUUAUCAGCUCGACACGCAGAAAGUUACGCGCCGCGUAUCGAAAUGGAUCUCCUCCAGCUUCUCCGCUCGCGGGGACAAAGCCAUGAAAAUUUUGUCGGUCGAUUUGCCAUUUCCACUGAUGCGGGAGAUGUCGUCAGCAUUGAUGGAAGAGGGACACAGUGGCAUUGACGCCAUGUGUGCCAAGCAUCCACGAUAUCGAAAGCAGCUCAAAUUUACCAUGGAAGAGGUCUUAGCUCUAACGCCCGAGUCCAAACAGUCGCGUCGUGAACGAUAUGUGCUUUUGCACAGCAUUGUGGACGACCGGUACGACAUGAUGUCCCUUGGUUUGCCGCUAAGAUCCGGCUGCAAGAACAGACUGUGA